GCAAACUUACACCACUCGCGAAGGCAUAGCCCGGUGCGCCCUGGAGGAUGCCAAAUAUCACGAACCGGGAGCAUUGCGAUUCCAUUCGGCGUCGUUCUGGAUGAGUAUCGCGGGCGAGCAUGGAGAGCAUUGUUCCUUCACGCCAGAGGAGAUGGAGAGAAUUACGCUCGGCAAACAACUCGAGGAUAUGACACUUCGCGCGCGCAACGACCUUAGCGAGAUCCAGAUGGCCGAAGCUCUGAGCUUCUGGAAGACAUAUAAAGCCAAGUUGGGUUGUCUCGAGCCGCGAUUCACGAAGCUGGAGAAGGAAAGGAUGGAGAUUUCCAACACCUCAAAGACACCAUGA